GAAUGGUUCAGAAGUGUUAUGGUGUCGUUCUGUGUGUGACAAGCUCUUGUUAUUCAAUGUGAUUUACAAACAUGGCUUUACUAAAUUGUCUGGUUUUCUUGCAAAUGCUAGCAUUUUAUUUAUUUCAUAUAGACUCAAAGACGCUGGACUAUAAUUCACCAGCAGUCAAUGGUAAACUGCCCAGCAAAUGUGAAGUAUACAAUGGACAAAUUUGUGCUGCCUUUGUUGGAAACAUGUCAGUUUAUAUUCCACCAGCUUCAUCACAACUUUUGAAGAACAGGCAAUUGACAGCGUUACUAAGCGUCAUUCCACAAUACAUAUCGCAACAAUGCAAACCUUACGCUUUAAAAGCACUUUGUCUGUCAAAAUUUCCACCUUGCGAUCUUACUGUGAAUUAUCCUAAGAAACGAAUGUUUUGUCAUGACGAAUGCCUUUUAUUAGAACAAUAUAUUUGUUUAAAUGAGUUUACACUUGGUAUUUCCAAAUAUAUGAUAUUACCAAUACCGCCAUGUUCCACAUUACCCAAGGUUGGUUCUGAUGAAUACAAGAAAUGUGUUCGAAUGAAUGUUACAAUUGAUCCACUUGUGUUCAGACUGCAGCUGAAAAACCAAAACGUUAAAGUUGGCGAGACGGUCGUUCUCAGAUGUAAACUCAAACUGACUAAAAUACCACCGACAAUUACAUGGUUUAAAAAUGGUCACGUGAUUCAGGCCGGUCAUGAACAUUAUAAGAUUCAUCUGUUUCGUCACAGUUCACGUUUAAAAAUUCGUCGCAUUAAAAUUAAAGAUGCUGGAAAAUAUACAUGCCAGGCUUCCAACUACAUCAGUAAUAUAUCCAGUCAUAGUCGGAUUGUGGUAUCACCACUUACUUCGUCCAGUGUGUUCCCAGGCAGUAAAAAAGGAAGUUGUAGGAAUCUUCGACCAAGCACAAUUUGUGGAUCCUUCUUACAAAACGACAAAGUGUAUUUUGAAAAUUCCCAAACCCAAGCAGACAGUGAAAAUUUUAUUAAGAAGGAGCUUCUACGUCACCAGAAUGUUACUAAGGACUGUUAUGAUCUUUUAAAUGCUGCUUUGUGUUAUGAAAUGUUUCCUGCAUGCGGGAAGAGAAACACAAAGAAAAACAGAAUAUGCAAGGAUGAUUGUUUGCUGCUAAAAAAAACUUGUAAAAAUCACUUUUCAAAGCAUUGCUCUCGCUUCCCUAAAAGAUCGAGAAGGCGUGGAAAACAUUGCAAACGACUGAGCAAAGUAGCUGAAAAGCCUCAAAUCAAAUGUGGUGCGUACAGAGGCAACGGUAUUUGUAAAAAGUAUGUUCAAAAUGAAAUCAUAUAUUUCACUAACAAAGAACGGCAGCAACAGAUGGAAAAAACAAUCGAACUCAGUUUAGUAAUGAUAUCGGAAGAAUGUCUGCGUUUUGGAGUUCCUGCCAUCUGUUAUCAUUUGUUUCCAGUUUGCUUUCACGGCGAGAAAAAAUCUCGCUUGUGUCAAGAUGAAUGUCAUAAAAUUCAAACUGAUGUUUGUAAAAAUGAGAUGUCAAAAAUGUUGAAGUUCAUAUCCGAGGAACUUUUAUUUCCGGAUUGCUCAAGUCUUCCUAGAUCCAAUACUUCCUUUGGGGAUCAUUGUGUUCAGUUAGGAAUACAAAAGAAGAUUGUAAAUGAAACAAAAAAAUCCAAUGUCAAGACUCAGUAUGAUUCAAAUCAUAAAUGCUACAAUAAAUCUGGUGAGGACUAUUUGGGUAUGGUUAAUGUUACUGUGUUUGGAAAGUCUUGCAUUGCUUGGAACAUAACUCGUCCUAAUUUACAUUGGCAUCAUAAUUAUUGUCGUAAUCCUGACCCAAGCGCUCUUUCUCCAUGGUGUUAUGUAAAUACGCAGAGAAUGGAGUAUUGUGAUGUACCAAAAUGUGAAUCGCUUAUUUCAUCUCUACAUAAAACUGACGGUGAUGGUACUUCAUUGGGAAGAACAAUUUAUGUUGUAAUUGCCAUCGCUGCGGUUAUUCUUUUGAGUUUUAUUACUGUAAUGGUGUAUUGGAAAGUACAAAAUUCAAAAGAAAGUGUAGAUGUUUCUCCAGCAAAUUCUGCUACACCAUUGGCAAAGUGCUCUUCUUCUCAAUCUUAUGAUCUCAAGGAAAACGCUUCUAUACAAUCUUUUGUUUUAAAUGAAAAAUUAAAUCGUGGCCGUGUUAAAUAUGUUGGUGUUAUGAGCGAAGGGAAAUUUUUCAAGGUCUUCAAGGGAGUUCUUAUUAAUGAAAAUCAUCAGGGAAACAUAAAUAUUGUUAUUAAAAUUUUAUGUGAAGACGCCAGUACGCACGAAAAGGAAGAAUUUCAUAAGGAGACUUGCUUACUUUGUCCUCUGCAACAUGUGAACAUAUUAAGUCUUUUGGGUAUUUCUCCUGCUCAUGGUACAAAAUUUGUCGUAUUCGAAUAUCUUAGUGAAACAAAUCUUCAUCAGUACUUAAAACGAGCACUAAGUAAUGCCUGUAUACCUUCAACUGAAACAUUUCUUCAUAUUGCAAGACAAGUAGCGAGUGGUUUAAAGUAUUUGUCUGAGUUUAGCUAUGUUCACGGUGAUAUUGCAGCAAGAAAUUGCUUUAUUUCUGAUGCAGAGGAACACUCAGUCGUAAAGAUUUCCAUGUUAGCCAUCGGUAGCCAUAAAUAUCCCUCAGAUUACGACUGGCUCGAGCAGGAGAAUAAACUGUUUCCCAUACGUUGGAUGUCGCCUGAAGCCUUAAAAACGCUUGUUUUAAAUAGUGAGAAUGAUGUAUGGUCUUUUGCUGUUUUGCUAUGGGAGAUAUUUUCGUGUGGACUCAAACCUUAUUAUCAAUUUAGCAAUCAUGAAGUAAUCAAUAAAAUCCGAGCCCAUGAACUCUUGCGAUGUCACGAAAAAUGGCCAAAGUUUGUGAGGGACUUGCUAAACAGCUGCUGGUCGAUUGAGCCAUCGCAACGGCCUAACUUUGCCGAUAUUUAUGAGGCCCUAAAAUUUGAAGAACCAAAGCAGGCCACAGAGGAUAUCAUUGAGGAAGUUGAAGUAUAAUGUAAUUCAGCGGAUUUGCUAACUUGCUCGUGUUUGAAAAUCAAUGAUGUAAAAUUUCUCUUGGAACAGUUCUUGAAAAGCAUUCUCUCAAACAAGGCCAGCACUCUCUAGGUAGCCUGCUGAAUUAUCUCAUUGGUUGGAGUGAGACAUACUCCUUUAUAACAUCUACAAUAGCUACAAAGAUUUUAUCAACAUUCUCUGUGAAUUUAUAAAUAUGAACAUAAUUAUCAUACAUUCAAAAUCUAUUUUUAACACGAUCUUCUGUCAUACUUGUAAAUACAAUUUCUUCCUUUACUUCUCACACUUGAAA